CAUCUUUCAUCGUGAAUAUCUGUAUGUGUCAGAAGGUCAUUUCUUUGACGUGAAGUCGGUUUGACUCAACAAAUUUGCAUUUCGGUAAGGAGAGCAAAAAUGGAAGAGAAAAUGAAAGUAGUAUCAAGUUCGGACAAGGGGUUAUUGCAAACUGAGGAGCUGUAUCAGUACGUUUUGGACACGAGCGUGUACCCACGUGAACUAGAGCCCCUUAAGGAGCUAAGAGAAGUCUGUGCCAUCCAUCCGAGGGCCGGGAUGGGCACUGCACCAGAUGCAGGUCAGUUGAUGGCAAUUCUACUGAAACUUCUGAAUGCUAAACGGACCAUUGAAAUCGGAGUCUUCACUGGGUACUCUCUUCUACUCACUGCCCUAAAUAUUCCUGAGGAUGGCAAGAUAGUAGCCAUAGAUGUGGAUCGUGCAGCAUAUGAAAUGGGAUUACCCAUUAUCAAGAAAGCUGGCGUAGAACACAAGAUCGACUUCAUUGAAUCCAAGGCUCUCCAAGCUCUUGAUGAAAUAGUGCAAAAUCCUGAUGCCGAGGGGAGCUUCGACUUCGCCUUUGUUGACGCUGACAAGGUCAACCUUUGGAAUUAUCAUGAGAAGUUGAUGAAACUGGUGAAAGUGGGGGGACUGGCCAUAUACGACAACACACUAUGGAGAGGAACGGUCGCCAUGCCCGAAGAUGUGGUUCGACAGAAACUAAAGGAGGGUCGAAAGUUAACGAUCGAGUUCAAUGACUUGCUGGCCAAGGACGCUCGCGUCCAAAUCUGUCAUGCUUCCAUCGGCGAUGGAAUGACAAUCUGCAGGCGAAUUUCCUAAAGAGAUUAUCCCCCGCUUCACCCAUAUCUCAAUUUGUAAUGUAUAAUCUCUGGUCAUGUUCCAUCCAAUAAUAAGGGAAUAAGGGGAAUGACUCCUCGACUGAAGUCAUGACCCUCAAUCUUUAUGCACUUCCCUUUAAGAGUUUCUGUUUCUUUGAACACAGUGGAGUGAACAGAAGCCGGAAGGCUCUCUUUCAUUGCCUCA